GCGUCACAUUAGGCGUGCUCAUAGCCUACAUCGUGAUCAUCGCUAUCCUCUGGAAUGUACCGUACAUACGCUGGGUGCUUUGGCCAUUCAAAGUGCGUUUCCUUCAACUGCACCCUCAGCUGGAUGCACGUGACUAACAUCCCCAGAUGCUCGUAAUCGCCUUCCACGAAUUUGGCCACGCGAUCACCGCCUGUUGCACUGGCGGGCGCGUCGAGUCGAUCAGUCUGGACCCGCAUGAGGGUGGCGUAACGCACAUGCGCGGCGGCAAGCAGUUCAUUACGCUUCCCGCUGGGUAUCUGGGGUCGAGUCUGAUCGGGGCGCUGCUCACGUUCUGCGGUUUCAAUAUCGUGGCGUCAAAAGUUGCGAGUAUUGUGCUUGGCGUGUGCUUUUUACUGACGCUGUGGUGGGCGAGGAAGGAUUGGUUGACGAUUAUUACGAUUUUGUUGGCGGUAGGACUGCUGGUUGCGUGUUGGUUUAUCCAGCAUGCUGAAGCGUUGCGAUUUGUUGUGCUCUUCAUCGGCGUCAUGUCAAGUCUUUACAGUGUUUGGGAUAUUUGUGAUGACUUGAUUCUCCGGAAGGUAAACUCAUCCGACGCCAGUGUAUUUGCGAAGAGGUAUGGUGGCUCCUCACAAUGUUGGGGCGUGCUGUGGUCGAUCGUCUCUCUGGUUUUGAUGAUCUGCGGUAUCAUUGCAGCACUGGCGGCGUUCCCACAGGAUUGGGAACAGCAGCAGAAAGACAGCCAAGACUUCAUCCCAACCGUUCGUAUGCUGUUGAGAAAAUGAAUAAGCGGCAAUUAUUUAGGAAGCUACAUCACAUUAAUCAAUAGUAGUCUGCCACCUUCAA